AUGGCUCUAGCUGACCUAUCCAAUAUGAGUCCGGAAGCUCAAGCUGACCUAUCCAAUAUGAGCCCGGAAGCUCUCAGUAGAUUCAUGGAUUUUAUGAGGAACGAAGUAGAAAACCCGCCGAAGACUACAGACUUGUUCAAGGUCCCAGCUGAUCUUCCUAAAGGGUGGCAGAUUUUCUUUGAUAAAGUCGCGGCACAUUACGCAAGGCAAUGUGAAGACAGACACACAUUAAUUUAUUUGGAAAAGCGGAGCUGGAUAUUGGAGGACGAGAAGUUGACGGAGUUUGAGAUGUUUAUGUCUGCAAUUGGGAUGAAGGAAGAGGGCAAUGCAGCGUUUCGAGAGGGCGACGUUGCCAGAGCACUCCUCUUUUAUAUGAGCGCAAACUCAACCUUCCCAACCCCAGACGUCAUGAACAACGUUGCGGCGUGCGCUCUUAGGGAGAACAGAUACCAAAUGGCAGAAGACUUCGCAUCGAAAGCAUUGGACAUGGACCUCUUCACAAACGUAAAGAACAAGGCAAAGGCCUACUUUCGGCGCGCACAAGCGCGUAUGCAUCUCGGAAAUUUUGAAGAAGCUCUUCAGGAUAUCAAUAUUGCUGCGGAUUUACAUCCAGAUGUGUCCAUCUCAUCUACACGCGGUGAGAUUGAGACCCUCAUCGAAACUGUAAAAUCACCCUCGCAGCGCAAGACCUAUCUGGAUGGACAAAAGUCACCUCCCGGGAUGUUAUCGUUCACGGAAGGAAUGCAAGGAAUUCAAGAUCUAGGAAUGCAAUAUGUUAGGGUACCCGACUUUGUGGAUUUUAAGCAAGUGCAGCCCCCAUCCUUUUGA